UCGAAACUCAGUCGUUUCUUUACUUUCGUGUCGAAAGUAUGUUCUUAAGGUGCGAGUCGUACAUCAAGACCACUUUUCACGAUCGGCAUCUAACUUUAUUUUGAUGAAUAAGAAUACAAAUAUAAUUUUAUUUUGACUUGAGUGAACAAAUAGAAAAGAGAAAGAAGAGAAAAUGGAGAAACAAAAAGAAUGUGAAAUCAAGAAUAUAUCGAAAUUUUUCGCCGGAAGGAGCAUUUUUAUAACGGGUGGCACCGGCUUUUUAGGAAAAAUUUUGAUCGAAAAAUGUUUACGUUCGUGUCCUGACAUAAAGGAAUUAUUUAUAUUAAUGCGACCAAAAAAGAAUGUUUCAAUCGACGAUAGAUUAAAGAAAUUAUUCACACUGCCAAUCUUCAAUAAACUCAAAGAAAUGAACCCUUCUGCUUUUGAGAAAGUGAUUGUUGUAAAGGGUGAUAUAUCAGAAAAAGAUUUAGGAUUAGAUCCAAUCGAAAAACAAAUACUUAUCGAUAAUGUAUCUAUAAUAUUUCACAUUGCUGCGAAUGUUAAAUUCAAUGACAGUUUACGGAAUGCCAUUUUCACUAAUUUAAGAUCGACUAGAGACAUUUGCCUGCUGGGGGAAAAAAUGAAAAAAUUGGUAGCUCUCGUUCACAUUAGCUCAACCUACGCUCAUUGCGAUAAGCCCUAUGUAGAAGAAACGACUUAUCCAGCGGAAAUCAAUUGGAGACAAACUAUCGAAAUGACAGAAAAUGUCGAUGAUCACAUUUUGGCCAUCUUAACUUCAAAAUACAUAGGAACGUUACCAAACACUUACAUUUUCUCAAAGAAAUUGGCCGAAAAUGUGAUAAGUGAUUUUUCCGAUCGAUUGCCUUGCGUCAUCGUGAGACCUUCGAUAGUCAUAACGACGAAGGAUGAACCAAUACCAGGUUGGAUAGACAACUUUAAUGGUCCAGGAGGUCUAAUGGUCGGUGGUGGAAAAGGAAUAUUAAAAAUACUUUACGCAGAUUCAGAUAAAGAACUUGAUUAUAUACCCGCUGAUGCCGUUAUUAAAUGUUUUAUAAUCAGUGCCUACAUUCGAGGACAAUUAUCGGUAACACAAAAUCCGAAGGUCGAUGUUUACAAUGUUUCUUCGUACAACAUAAAGAAAAUUAAUAUGAAAGAAAUGGUUUAUAUGUCCUUAGAAAUAAACAAGAUAAAUCCAUUGGAAAAUCCCAUAUCGUAUCCAAAUUUGUCGAUUACUAUAUGUUAUGUGUAUUAUUACAUCUGCGUAAUAAUUUUCCAAGUGUUUCCGGCUUUGAUAUUAGACCAAAUCUUGAAAUUUUCCGGACGUAAACCGAUGUUAUUAAAACUGCAAAGGAAGAUCUACGUUGCCAACAUUUCCUUGUCUUACUUUAUGAUGAAUGAUUGGCAAUUCUACAACGAUAAUAUAAUGUCGAUCCUAUCAAGACUAUCUGCCGAGGAUAAAAGAGAUUUUGAUUUCAAUUACUUUCAUUUCGACUUAUAUGAAUACUUAAAAAUUUCUUUAGAGGGAGGUAAACAAUAUUUGCUACACGAGGAUAUGGAUAAAAUUGAUGAGAAUUUGCGUAAGCUAAAUAGAUCAUGGUGGAUCGACAAGAUAACCAAAACCUGUUUAUUCAUCUUCUUUUUGUGGAUCUUGUUAAAAAUGGGACUGCAUUCGUACUUGAUAAACAAGUUCUUCUCAUUAUAAGUCUACGGGGUUACGUCCGUAAACAAAGUUUAGAAGCCAUCA